AUGACUGGGAGCAAGGUUCUUGUGUACCACUAUCGCCAUGAGGGCUCGCCACUGGUGAAAGGCGGACUCGCAGUGGUCGAUCAGAGAGAGUUGGAUGGCAUCUUGGAGAAGCAUCCCGAGAUCCAGAUGAGCAGCAAAUCCAUCGCUCGCGGUGUCAUGACCGUCGAUGUUCAUCAGCGUGACCUCCUCACAAACGAGCAGUCCGAGGGUAUAGGAUCGUAUCCCAACCGCGACGUCAACCUCGCUGGUGUCAAGCUGCCGGUUACUGUAGUUCUCAGUAGUGUGCUGAGUGGCAAUCACAAGAAGAUGAUCAUUCUGAGCAAGAAGUUGUGA